ACCACCAGAUUUUGAAAUGGAGAUGUUGUCCCAUAUACCUUGUGGGGAGUUUCAAUUUGACCCAGCCUGCAUUGCGUCAUUCAGGGUUGCAACCAAUGAGGGCUUUGUGUUUGGGGACGUUCCCAACUGCAGUCGGCCAGUCAACGGGACAUAUCUGAAAUUCGCAAGUGUUCACACAUGUAGGACGGCCACUUUAACGAUGCCGACACCCAUUCAACCAUACGAGCUUACCCUUACAAGUCCCAA